GACGAUACAUCAACGCCACCUCUUUCACCUGAAUGAAACCCUGGGCCGAAUUAGAACAAUAGCUCACUGCUUUGGUCCUAUAGGUAUAAUUCAAAUGAAGUUACGAUGGGAAGGUUCUUAUUGUUGCUUUUCUUCUGUCCGUUUUCCUCAUCAGUGAAACACUCCUUGAAGUUUUUCUUCACUCAAACAUCUGGAGUCCAGAGCAUCCCGGAGUUUGUGGUGGUUGCACUUGUUGAUGAAGUCCAGGGAGGUUACUAUGAUAGCAAGACAUGGAGACCAGAACCCAAAACAGAAUGGAUGAAAAAGCUCGUGAAGGAUGAUCCUCAGCACCUGGAGUGGUACACUGCUCGCUCUUUGGAUGUCCAACACUUAUUCAAACAUUACAUUGAGAAUUUGAGGAAACGUUUCAACCAAACUGGGGGUGUUCAUAUUUUGCAAAAGUUGGAUGGCUGUGAAUGGGAUGAUGAGACAGGAGAGGUUAAUGGGUUCAAUCAAUAUGGUUAUGAUGGAGAAGAUUUUCUUGCACUGGACCUGCAGAGACUGACAUGGAUUGCCCUAAAACCACAGGCUGUCAUCACCAAACUGAGAUGGGAUGGUGAAAAAGACCGAUUAGAAUACAACAAAAACUUUUAUGUCCAUGAAUGCCCUGAGUUUUUGAAGAAGUAUGUGCAGUAUGGGAAGAAUUUUUUGCAGACAGCAGUUCUUCCCUCAGUGUCUCUCCUCCAGAAGUCUUCCUCCUCUCCAGUCAGCUGCCACGCUACUGGUUUCUACCCUGACAGAGCCGUGAUUUUCUGGAGGAAAGAUGGAGAGGAGAUUCCUGAAGGUGUGAAUCCUGGAGAGAUCCUCCCCAACAAUGAUGGGACCUUCCAGUUGAGUGUUGAUCUGAAACUUUCAUCAGUCACACCUGAAGACUGGGAGAGGUACGACUGUGUGUUUCAGCUCUCUGCUGUGAACGAGCACAUCGUCACCAAACUGGACAAAGCAGCAAUCAGGGCCAACUGGGAGAAGCCCGCUGACAUCACAGUUACAGCGUUUGUUCUAGCUAUCGUCCUCAUUGCAGCUGUUGCAGUUGGGGCAGCUGUGGUGUUUGUCACUUACAAAAGAAAGAAAGCUCCUGACAAUGUCUCUGAACAGUCUGAGAGACUAAAUCCACAAAGGUGACCGUCCUUCAAGCAGUAUGACUUUACUCUGGCUGUUUCAGUUCUUCCACAGUUUAAAGUUUUACAUGUUAUAUGCAGUAGUGAUUAAUUUCCCAAAAGGUAACAUGAUAACAUCUUACAGAAGGUUUGUGCUGUUUAUUUGCUGUUUAUGUUAAUGGCAUAAACUGUAAUAAAUGUGCCUCAAAUAAAGCUCAAAGACUGAUAAUAGAAUAAUUCAUUCAUUGCAUGAACAGUCUUUUCAUGUAAUGAAUGAAUAAUUGAAUGCAGAAACACUUCCUCAUUCCGUUUUGAAAUCAUUCUUUCUUCUUUAUGUCUAUCACGUGUAAACCAGAAGAACUGUUUAACAGCUGAAUUGUAUGUGCUGAAACACUCGAACUAUUUUACCUGCUUAGGAUGUGUAGAAGACCCCCAUGUGGCUGAUUACCUAUGGAGAGAAGUAUGUCUUAAGGGUGGUAGAAAUGUGUAUGUGGAGUUUGUUUGUUUGUAUGUGGAGUGUGUGAAUGUGUGUGUGAAUGGGUGGAUGACUGAAUGUGUAAAGCGCUUUGGGGUCCUUAGGGACUAGUAAAGCGCUAUACAAAUACAGGCCAUUUACCAUUUGGAGUUCCAUAAGUUAAUUUUACUUCCAGUGAUUUUGGCUAAAUUUAGAAAACAUAAAUCAUCAAACCCAAAAGAUUCUAUUAUUUUGUCCCAGUUUUACCCUAAAACUAUUUUAAAAAUUAUUAUUAUCCUGUCCUGUAUGGCAGCUUUUGUUUUCAGGAUUAUGAUCUGAAUGCAUUAUUGUGCCAAACACAUGUUGUUUUUCCAAGAUCAGCUCUACAAAUUCUCUAUGGGCUCCUCUUGUUGAUGUGUUUCUUUUAUCUGUUUAUUUAUUUCUAUUUGUAUUAUUUCGGUUCUUACAUUAUAUGUAGUAAAGUAUGAUGUAUGUAAAUCUAGAACAUUGUUUUUUCCAUUAACACUCAGAAUUAUGUUUUAUGUAUUCUCCAACACUUUACAUCAUUUCUUUGUGCUAUAAAAAGGUUGCUAUGCUAUUAGAACUUUUGUAUUA